AUGGAUCGGAAUCAGAAGAUGGAUCACGUCAUCGGUGGAAAGUUUAAGUUGGGUAGGAAACUCGGUAGUGGAUCGUUCGGCCAACUUUAUUUAGGGAUCAAUAUCCAAACUGGAGAAGAAGUCGCAGUUAAGCUGGAACCUGUGAAGACGAGGCAUCCUCAACUGCAGUAUGAAUCGAAGAUAUAUAUGUUUCUUCAAGGAGGAACGGGUGUUCCACAUCUCAAAUGGUUCGGAGUCGAGGGUGAAUACAGCUGCAUGGUUAUCGACCUUCUUGGGCCUAGCUUGGAGGACUUAUUCAACUACUGCAAUCGAAAGCUUACUUUGAAAUCUGUUUUAAUGCUCGCGGAUCAGUUGAUAUGUAGAGUCGAGUACAUGCAUUCGCGAGGUUUUCUUCACCGCGAUAUUAAACCAGACAAUUUUUUGAUGGGUCUUGGGCGCAAAGCAAACCAGGUGUAUAUCAUCGAUUAUGGACUUGCUAAAAAAUACAAGGAUCUUCAGACACAGAAGCAUAUACCAUACAGGGAAAAUAAGAAUCUUACAGGAACUGCUCGGUAUGCAAGUGUGAACACUCACCUUGGUAUUGAGCAAAGUAGAAGAGAUGAUCUGGAGUCACUUGGUUAUGUGUUGAUGUAUUUUCUACGAGGAAGUCUCCCGUGGCAAGGUUUGAAAGCUGGUACGAAGAAGCAGAAGUAUGACAAAAUUAGUGAAAAGAAGAUGCUUACUCCUGUAGAGAUUCUUUGCAAGUCCCAGCCAUCAGAGUUCACCUCGUAUUUCCAUUACUGUCGGUCACUGAGAUUUGAGGACAAACCAGACUAUUCAUAUCUUAGAAGACUUUUCAGGGACCUCUUCAUUCGUGAAGGUUAUCAGCUCGACUACGUGUUUGAUUGGACAAUCUUGAAGUAUCCUCAGAGUGGCUCUAGUUCGAGACCAAGGCCAACUCCAAGACCAGCCUUGGACCCUCCAGGACCACCUGCAGAAAGAGCUGAAAAGCCUACAGUGGGACAGGACCUCCGAGAAAGAUUUUCAGGCGCAAUUGAGGCUUUCACCAGACGGAAUGUUUCAAGCCAAGGCGCUCAUGGUGACCGCUCUAGACACAGAUCUUCUGAUGAUUCGCCCUCUCCCGUCAAAGAAGUGCACGAGUCUGAUAGAUUCCUUUCUUCGUCUCGAAAUGGAAGUACUUCAAAGAGAGGUGUGAUAUCAAGUAGCAGACCUGGCUCAUCAGCUGAACCAAGCGAGAACCGUUCAAGCCGACUACUUUCAAGCGGAUCACGUCUCGCCUCAACUCAACGGGUUCAACAGAGCUAUGAAUCCAAGCCAUCAUCUGCAGCUGGAAGGACUGGACAUGACGAUGCCAUGAGAAGCUUCGAGCUUCUUACCAUUGGCUCUGGUGGGAAGAAGAGGAAAUGA